UAUACGAUCUAUGAUGAACAUCUCAUAGACAUAGCUGAAGAGUUAUUUACAGAGCAUAUUUUACGUUUACCACGUGUUAUUCAUUCUGGAAGUGAAGAAGAAAAAUUCUUUGCAUAUUUUCAGCUUAAGAGUUCCAUGUAUAUCCUUCGUACAAUGAACCGCUUGCAGAUAACCUUCUCAAAUGAAGACAUGAUCGAACAAUUAUUGGUUAUUUUAUUAACAUCAGUUGAACAAGAUACAAAUAACAAACUGGUGGAAAUUAACAUAGAUAUUAACGACCAAAAUGACGGAAAGAUCAUUGAUACUAUAUUUUUGUGUUACAAAAAUACUCCAUGGAAAAAAUUCAAACAUGUUCGAGAUGAUGAAACUAUUCAGUGUAUUCAUUCGAUUUGUGAAUACUUAACCAAAAUUCGGCAGGUGCAUGCAUUUGUUCUUAAAUUUUUAUUCCGAAUACUCUCAAAAAACUUAAGUAAUUCAAAUGAAGUUUUAAUAAUCAUACAAAUGCUUCUUUCGAAUCCAUGUGAAGAAAAUUCAUAUGAGAACCUUCAUUGUUCAAUUUUGGAAAGUUUAUUAUGUGAAUACCGUUGGAAACUGGUAUGUGAUAUAUUUGAAGAUAUUGACUAUGGAACAGAACAAAUACACUACGUUGGAGAUGGUGAAGAAAUUGUGAAUCAUAAAAUUUCGUUGAAUGAAAUUAAAAACAAUAUUUUACAUACAUGUUUGGUGAUAGAAACCGUUGGUUGCUAUGCAAAAUAUAUGCAACAAAAUUAUCGCCAAGUUCAUUUACUGAAAUCACUACAUUUGAUAUCAGAAAAACUAGCAAGCAAACAAUACAUGAUUCGUGCAUCUGCUUUGGUCGCCAUGGAGAAUAUGCGAUCAGCCUACAAAUUUAAUACAGUUUCAGAUCUUAUGCAACGUAAUACCGACUACUUAAUUCAUUCAAUUAACAAAUCCUUAGUUAAACCAAGCAAAAUAAAUGAAGCACUACACAUAUUGGAAAGUACUCUUAACUAUAACUUCGAAGAUGCUCAAACUCACCUUGAAAAUAUCGUUCCUACUAUAAUAGUCGAAGGUUCUAAAACGAGUCAUUUCAGAAAUUCUUUAGCGUUUAUGCAAUUAUUCAAAUUAAUGAUAUCAACUAUUCAAAAUUUAAUUUUUGAAAUAACGAAAAACAUGUCGGAUGCUGAACUAAAUGAUCGUUCGUGCAAUAUUAAGUCAUCGAAAAAUCAUUUCGAAGCAUGGUUACACUCUUUGAAUGCAGAAAGAGUUUUUAUACCAUAUUCUAAUAAAAAUAUACAUUCAACAUCAAAAGAACAUUGCAAAAUUACUACUUUAGUUAGCAUUGCUGCAAAUAUACUCAAGCAAGCGAUUCCAAGUUUAUCAUCUACAAAUAUGCAGCUAAAGAUGAUCACAUUGGAGUGCAUAAGCAUUGGCUUGGACAUAAUUAAAGAAAAUGAGAAUGAAUUGUUACCUCUUGUUCAUCUAUUAUGGGAACCUAUAGUGGAACCAAUAGUUCAGAAAAGCUGUAAUAAAUCUCUGCGACGAUACACUAUUCAAUUGGCAACCAAGUUAAUAAUUUAUUCUAAAAACUUUGCAACUAGCCGUUCUUUCAGCCAAUUUUUCCCACAUAUCAAACAGUAUUUCUAUGACUUUUCAAAGCAUUCUUUGGAAGAAUAUUCACUGGACUUUAAAACCUUAAAAGACUUACUUCUCGAAAUGCCAAAUAUGUUAUUGGUUCUGGAUUUUGAAGAGCGUGAACUAGAGCACAUACUUAAUUCCAUUCUCUCAUUGGAAGCAAAAUCGUCAUCCUUACUGAAAGAAAUACUGUUUUUUCUAACGGAAUUAUCCACAUUUGAUAUAAAUUUAAGUAAAAUGUAUCAAGCACUUUUUGCUUGCAGCGAGUGAGCAAUACUUUUCCACGUCAGUGUGCAUUCAUAUAUAAUAAAGACUUAUAUUUAACCCUCCUAGGUAUAGAGGCGGUUUUGAAAAAAUUGAAUAAAAAUCUAAGUAAAUUAAAAAAAAAAAUUUAUAAUU